GAAAGAAAGAGACAGGUUUACGCUAAGCUCUCUAAUGGAUUCAAGCGUUGCUGAACGUCGACUUACCGCCAUUCACGGCCACCUUGUUCCCGCCGCCGCCGCCUCUAUUCAUCCCGUCCUCCAUGCUAAUCCAACCGCCGGUGAAUUCCUCUACGAGCAGGGUUAUAGUGUCGUUCUGCCUGAGAAACUGCAGACUGGAAAAUGGAAUGUAUACAGAUCUGCUCGCUUUCCAUUUAAUCUCGUGACUAGAUUUCCAGAUCAUCCCAGUAUCGGUACAUUGCAUGAUAAUUUCGAAUAUGCGGUUGAUACCUUCUGCGAUUACAAAUAUCUAGGUACAAGAAUCGGCGACGAUGGUAAAGUUGGACACUACAAGUGGAUGACAUAUGGAGAAGCUGGAACAGCUCGGGCAGCCAUAGGUUCCGGCCUAAUAAAUCACGGAAUACCAAAGGGCUCUUGUGUUGGAAUAUAUUUCAUCAAUAGACCAGAGUGGCUCAUUGUUGAUCAUGCUUGCUCUGCAUAUUCUCUUGUAUCAGUUCCUUUAUAUGACACACUAGGUCCAGAUGCAGUCAAGUACAUUUCUAACCAUGCGGAUGUGAAAGCUAUAUUUUGCGUGCCUCAAACGUUGAAUUCUUUGCUAAGCUUUUUAUCCGAGAUUCCAUCCGUAUGUUUGGUUGUGGUGGUUGGAGGAAUGGAGAAUGAAGUGCCUUCAUUGCCAACUUCAACUGGCAUUCAGAUUGUUACAUAUGCAAGAUUAUUAAGUCUGGGCCGAAGUAACCUUCAGCCUUUUAUUCCACCAAAACCAGAUGAUACCGCAACCAUUUGCUACACCAGCGGUACAACCGGAACGCCAAAGGGAGUCGUGUUGACACACGGAAACUUGAUUGCAAGUGCCGCCGGAUGCAGCUCCUUUACAACAUUUUACCCCUCAGACGUAUACAUAUCAUAUCUUCCUUUGGCACACAUUUAUGAACGAGCUUAUCAGGUUGCUUUACUGUAUUUCGGAGUCGCCAUUGGAUUCUACCAAGGGGAUAACAUGAAAUUAAUGGAUGACCUGGUUGAACUACGACCGACAUUAUUUUGCAGUGUCCCUAGACUUUAUAACAGAAUUUACUCAGGUAUUAUCAGCGCCGUAAAGUCAUCCGGUCCUCUAAAGGAGAGACUUUUCAAUGUCGCCUACAAUUCCAAGAAGCACGCAAUACUGAAUGGAAAGAGUCCUUCACCCAUGUGGGACAAAUUGGUGUUCAACAAAAUAAAAGCCCGACUCGGAGGACGAGUUCGUUUUUUGAGUUCUGGUGCUUCACCCUUGUCUCCCGAUGUCCUAGACUUCUUGAAGAUCUGCUUCGGUGGUCGGGUAGUGGAAGGUUACGGAAUGACUGAAACUUCAUGUGUUAUAAGCAGUAUGGACGAGGGUGACAACCUCUCCGGCCAUGUUGGCUCUCCUAAUCCGGCUUGUGAAAUAAAGCUCGUGGAUGUCCCGGAAAUGAACUACACAUCGGGUGACAAGCCGUAUCCUCGUGGAGAAAUCUGUGUUCGGGGUCCGAUUGUUUUCCGAGGAUACUUCAAAGAUGAAGCGCAGACGAGAGAGGUACUCGAUGAAGAUGGUUGGCUUCAUACCGGAGAUAUAGGGCUAUGGUUACCCGGCGGCCGUCUAAAGAUCAUUGAUAGGAAGAAGAACAUCUUUAAGCUGGCUCAGGGAGAGUACAUAGCUCCGGAAAAAAUCGAAAACGUAUACGCUAAAUGCAAAUUUAUUGCUCAGUGUUUUGUUUACGGUGACAGCCUGAAUUCUACAUUGGUAGCUAUCGUCUCGGUGGACCACGAUGCUUUAAAAGCAUGGGCCGACUCCGAAGGCAUUAAGUACAAUGAUUUAGCACAGCUGUGCAAUGACCCAAGAGCAAGGGCUGCAGUCCUGGCUGAUAUGGAUGCUCUCGGAAGAGAAGCUCAGCUGAGAGGCUUCGAGUUUGCAAAAGCCGUGACGUUAGUGCUCGAACCAUUCACGAUGGAGAACGGUCUGCUUACUCCGACGUUUAAGAUCAAGAGACCUCAAGCGAGGGAGUAUUUCGCGAAAGCCAUUUCGAACAUGUAUGCGGAGCUCGCGACAUCGAUCCGUCGCCUCGGAAGUAGUUGACAUAAGUCUCAAGUAUGUCCUAAUCCCAUAAAUACACAGCUACUUCAACUGUUAUUAUUUCCUUACCUCGUAAAUAAAUAUUACAUCGUAAUGUCCAAACACGAUAUGAAUAAUACAUUUAUAGGUUUUUUUUGACAUUAUAUUGACCUUGGGGACCUUUUUAUUCGUAAUGAAAAACUCUAUUAGUAGAUCU